AUGCUUGAUAACCCGGUGAGCUGUAUCAACCUGUCAUCCGUGCCCCCGGCCCCCGAAGAUCCCCUCUAUCGUCUGAUGAGGGAGUAUCGCGAGAACCGCAAUGCUAGAAAAAUAGACCUGGGCAUAGGUGCCUAUAGAGACGAGGCCGGGAACCCCUGGGUUCUGCCGGUAGUCAAGAAGGCUCAAGAUAUGCUGCACGAAGACCCCCAGUCGAAUCACGAAUAUUUACCCAUCAGGGGCCUAGAUUCUUUUCUCAGUGCUGCGCAGAAGCUAAUUCUCGGGGAUGACAGCCCUGCUAUCAGGGAAAAGCGGGUAUGUUCCUUUCAAACCAUAUCAGGUACCGGCGCGGUCUACCUCGGAGCCAAAUUCCUCGCGCGCCAUCAUUCUGCACUAGAGAAACCGGUUGCUUUGAUAUCGAACCCAACAUGGCCAAACCACCAUCAAAUAUUCUCCCAGUGCGGAUUCAAAGUCGAGGCCUACCCCUACUACUGCCCGGCGUCAAAAGGCCUCGACAUCACCGCAAUGCUCGAUACCCUAAAGAAUGCCCCUCGCGCCUCCAUCGUCAUCCUACAAACCUGCGCCCAUAACCCCACAGGUAUAGACCCAACCCAAGAAGAAUGGAAACAAAUCGCCACUGUCAUGCGCAACCGCGGGCACUUCCCCUUCUUCGACUGCGCAUACCAGGGCUUCGCAUCCGGAGAUCUCUCCCGCGACGCAUGGGCCUGUCGCUAUUUCGUGGAGCAGGGACUGGAAUGCUGCAUCGCGCAGUCCUUCGCCAAGAAUCUCGGGCUCUACGGGGAACGAGUCGGGGCUUUCCAUCUUAUAGCUGCCCCAGGGAACGAUGCAUCGGCGAUUUGCAGCCGCGUAGCUACUCAGCUUGCGAUUCUGCAAAGAGCCCAGAUCUCGAAUCCCCCUGUCUACGGGGCACGUAUUGCGAGCUGUGUUUUGAAUGACGAGGAGCUAUUUUCUCAGUGGCAGGGUGAACUGCGUGUUAUGAGUUCGCGCCUCUCGGGGAUCCGAGAGACGGUUAGGGCGCAGCUGCAGGCGAGGGGGACGCCCGGUUCCUGGGACUUCCUGGUGGUUCAGAUUGGAAUGUUUAGCUAUACUGGGCUGACUCGGCCUCAGAUCCUGCAUCUAAAGGAUAAAUGGCACAUAUACAUGACCGAAAACGGACGGGUCUCGGUGGCGGGCCUGAAUUCUCGAAAUAUUGAUUAUUUUAUUGAUGCCAUUGAUGAUGCCGUGCGAACUUGUCAUUAG